AUGUCACAAUUUGAAUUACGUGUUGAAGAUGAAGUCUGUGAAUCUUUUGAGAAAAUUAUUUUUAGAAAUACUGAUACUAAAAUUAAAGAAUGUGAUUCUGAAUAUACGUCAAAAUUAAGUCGAAUACUUACUGACAUAAGCAAAAGUAAAGAUCUUAGUAAUGAGUUUAAUGAGUACUAUUCUACAAAAGUUGACAAUCAAGAAAACUGCUAUAAAUUAUUCAAAACUACAUU